AUGUCUUCUGCGCCUGCUAAGAAGGAGUUCCUUUGCAUUCUGCCUGAUAAGCCUGAUGCACAGGCUAAGCGUCUUGAAGUCCGGCCGUUGCACCUCGAAGGCGUCAAGCCGCACGUCGCAUCUGGGACUAUUGUUGCAGGUGGCGCUAUGCUCAACGCCCACCCGGCCGACGGGGAAAUCCCCUCGUUCAAGGGAAGCAUGAUGCUGGCUGUUGCAGAGAGCGAGGCUCAGGUUCUCGAGCUGCUCAACAAUGAUAUUUAUGUCAAGAGUGGCGUGUGGGAUAUGGAGAAGGCGCAGAUCAUUCCGUUCAAGUCUGCUGUUCGUGAGGCUCUGUGA